UUUGUAAAUAUAUAUUAUCUGUUAUCUGGAAAAUUAGGUAUGCAUUUCCUGUAUUCCUAUCAUAAUAAUGUAACAGCCUUAACAGUUUCCUAGAAUAAUCUUACCCUGAUUUUAUUAUUUUAGUUGGACCUUUGAAAAAGCAUCAAGGUGUUUUUUGUUGUGUGUUGGGCUGAAAACCUGGAUCCUGUAGCAUAUAAAAGCACUACAUUUAGUGUAGUAAAGAUUCCUGGCUAAAAAAAAGAUUCCUGGCCUCAUAGUUUAUUUUUGCCAAUAUUCUGGGUCAGUUCCCAGCCCUGGAGAAAGGUGACGUGGAUUGCAUAUAAGCUGGUAGCUCUCAAACUGUAUCGAUGAGAAACAAGGAUGGAGCCUGUAUCCUCUUUCUAAAGACAAGUUUUAGAGUUUGCAUGUAGUCCUGCCCAGUAGAACUAUGACAGUGAAAGAUGAACCAUUGCUCCCCGGCCUCCUCAGCCCGCUGCGCAGCUCCGUGGACCCUCGCCCGCUGCCAAAAUGUCUGCAGGUGCGCCUGCAGGUUCCAGUGCUGCCACUGGCAGUAAUCGGAGAAUUCAACAGACACAAAAUCAAGUAGAUGAGGUGGUGGACAUAAUGAGAGUCAACGUGGACAAGGUGCUAGAAAGAGACCAGAAGCUCUCUGAGCUGGAUGACCGUGCAGAUGCGUUGCAGGCAGGAGCUUCUCAAUUUGAGACAAGUGCUGCCAAGUUAAAGAGAAAAUAUUGGUGGAAGAAUUGCAAGAUGUGGGCAGUAGGGAUCAGCGUUCUGAUCAUUAUCGUCAUCAUCAUCAUUGUAUGGAGCGUCUCUUAAUGAAGAACAGGUGGAACAGGUGGAACUUCCUGCUGUCCAGGAAACCUCUUCAAGACGUUUGACUUCGAACCUGCUACAUUAUCCAGCUUACCUACUGUUAUUUCCAAAAUGAUUUUUUUUUGUUAGUUCAUGUAAAGUUUGGUUUCUAGGCUGUGUGCCUUGUUUUUUAAUAUGCACUCCAAACCAGAGGGCCAGCUUGCCCCCGUUUUGCACAGUGCCUUUACAGAUUUACCUAUGAGCAACAGAGGACAUCUGGACUCCAGAGUACUGUAUCUAGACUUAACGUUGUCACUAAUUCAUUGCCAUUGAUUCCAGUUAAGGGAAUCCAUUCCAAGUUCGUUCUCCUGUCAUUUGACAUUAUCUUCAGAGCCACAUUUUAAACCUUUGGGUAAUCAGAUUUCCAACUUGUGCCUUCUCGGAAAAACACUACUGCCUAAUACUGAUCUGUGACAAUAAUAGGCUAUGCCUUAUUUUGAUACUUUUCUGGUUCCUUGUAAGCCGUCUUCUUUUUGUAAGCAGUACUGACUCUUGCUGUAUUUAAAAUAAGAUGCUGGUAAAGAAUUUUUGCUCUUUCAUUAGAUAUCAAGAUGUUUACUUUCUUGUUAUAUAUAUCACUCGAUAAAAUAUUAAUUAGAAAUAACCCCUUUAAAAAAAUUUUUAUAGAACUAUGAACAUGACCAAAGUUCCUAGUUUGCCAAAAAGUUAAAUAUGAUUAAAUUUUCCUUAAGUCUGUCCCUGACAGAUAAAUUCAGAAAAGUGCCAAAUGGAAUUCAAGGUGUCCUUCAAAAGGAGAAUGGUAAUGUUGUGUGUGGACCUUCCACACCCUGAGCACUGCGGUGUCUCUGAAACGCUGUAGAUGGCUCCCAUCCCUUCUGCUUCGUCCUUUUGCAAUGGGGUUGAGAGGGGAGUGAGGCUCUCAUUGUUUCCUCUCACACUUGUAAACAAAGAGUUUUCCCAGCUUCUUGCAAACCAUCAGCUGUGGACUCCAUUGUCUUUCUAAUAAUUACUUGAGCAACAGUUUUGUAGCCCUUUAAGUAAGACCACCUGUGCAGUUGAUCAUUACCUAAUCCAGUCCUCAGAGGUGAUAGUUUUUUGAAGUUUGUUUCCUAUUUUUUUUUU